AUGGUCGUGGCAGAGCUAACGACAUCAGAGACAAACUUUAAGUAUAUCGAUGGGAGAAGAUAUAAUAACAUUGAGGGUUUAAAAUACCCCCUUCCAAACGAUUAUGAUGAAUUAGACAGAUUACAUUUACAGCAUUUCGUAAUUCGACACAUUUUUCAGAGUAAUUUUUCUGCUCCUGUGGAACAUGUUUUAAAUAGAGAUGGCUCAAAAGUGCUUGAUGUUGGUUGCGGUACAGGUUCUUGGGCGUUUGAUAUGGCAACAAAUUACCCAAAGGCGGAAUUCAUCGGAGUGGAUAUUUCCCCUGUUCAACCUUAUAGUAUUAAGCCUAGGAAUGUCUCCUUUAUUAAUACGGACGUUUUGAAUGGAUUGCCAUUCGAAGAUAACACAUUCGAUUAUGUGUUUCAGCGUCUAAUGGUUAUUUCAAUUCCCCGAAAUUUUUGGCCUGAUCAUAUUAGUGAAUUAACCAGAGUUCUAAAGCCUGGUGGUUACUUAGAGUUAUCGGAAAUAGGUCCUCCCUAUGAGUUAGGCCCUGUAUCUGCUAAAAUUCGCAGCGCCUUUGAACAUUUCAGUGAACACAAAGAUAUUGAUUUCAAUGUACUCUGUAAGUUACGAUCGUUCGUUGAACAGAACGGUCAAUUCAAUGAUAUCCACGAAGUGAAAAAUGAAUCUUUUUUCUCCCCUGAAACUGGAAAGCUAGGAAGAGCGGCCAUCGACAAUAUCAAGAUUUUGUUUGGCAACUUAAUAUCCACUCUGAUGCCAAUUUUAGAUGUGACAUCUGAAGAGUAUUAUGAAAUGGUAAAUUCAAUGUGUAAGGAAUUAAGCGAUUUUAAUAGUUACCAACAUAUAAUUCGUAUUUAUGCAUGCAAGAUGGAAAAUAAUUAA